CUGCACACAAAAGUUGAUCAGAAAUAGAAUGACCGAAGUUAUACCCAAGUCAAUCACCUACUGUGGUGUAUGCUCUUAUCCUCCAGAAUACUGCGAGUUUGGUCUUUCAUUCAAAAGGUGUAAGGAAUGGCUUAGUCAAAACGAAAGAGAACUCUUUGAAAAGUUAUACUCUGACGAGGCCUUGGCCAAUGCCACGUCAACCCUUUCUAUCGAGAAAGAAGAGAAAAUACAUAAGGAGUUAGAGAAGAAGCUGGCUCGUGAGGAAGCCAAAUUGGAGCGUGAAUUACAAAAGAAACUCUCGUCAAAAGUAGUGAUUAAGAGAAUUGAGAGGAAUCGCAGAAAACACAUUAUCUCCAUUAGUGGAUUGGAAGUCUUUAAUAUUGACAUGAAAAAGUUAGCGAAAACUUUUGCACUGAAGUUCGCUACUGGUGCAUCUGUAACGAAGAAUGCAGAAAAGAAAGAUGAGAUUAUGGUUCAAGGAGAUGUUAGUGACGAGGCUCGCGCAUAUAUUGAAAAAUUGUUGGAGGAACAAGGCUUAAACGAGGUCAAGGUUGAACAAAUUGAUGAUAAGAAGAAGAAGAAAUCCGACGCAGCAGCUCAGGCAGCUCAGACCAAUGCUAAAAACUAAGCAUGAUGUGAAAUGACGAAUGGAUAACCGCGGCGGUAGUUUAGAGGAUAUAGAAAAGUAAAAUUACUAUUGAGAGCACAAUCAAUGAUUAUACUGCUUAAUCGUAUUUUUCUUUUGUUGCCCAGCAAACUCCAUACUCAUUGAAGCCGGGAGACUUCAUUAAUAUCCGAUA